AUGCAAGAUUACAACACGCUUCGGAUCGGGCGACGAGCAUUUCUUAAGAACGGCACUUUGGUUCUGACCGCGGCCAGUUCGAAUCUUGCUUCACCGUUCGCCGCGGAAGCCGUGGAAGACGAUACGCUGACCAUUGGCCUGGUCACCGAUUUGCACUACGCCGACAAAGCUCCGGCGGGCACCAGGCAUUAUCGCGAGACCCCGGACAAGCUGGCUGAGGCCGCCUCACAGUUCAGUCAACAAGAGUUGGAUUGCGUUGUCGAGUUGGGAGAUCUAAUCGAUGCGGCCGACUCGGUGCAAGCUGAACUAGGAUAUCUCAAGCGCAUCAAUCGCGACUUCUCGGCGAUCUCCAAAAACCGCCACUAUGUGUUGGGCAACCACUGCGUUUACACGCUCACCAAAGAAGAGUUUCUCGACGGGGUUGAGCAGGAUGAAUCUUACUACUCUUUCGAUCUCGGCGAUUUUCACUUCGUAGUGCUCGACUCCUGUUUCCGCAGCGACGGUAAGCCGUAUGGUCGGAAGAAUUUUGAAUGGACCGAUCCCAAUAUUCCCGCCGCCGAACUCGAAUGGCUACAGGAAGACUUAAAAAGCAACUCAAAACAGACGGUCGUCUUCGCCCAUCAGCGUAUGGACGUUGAAAACAAUCAUGGGGUGAAGAACGCUACGGCGGUUCGCAACGUACUAGAGAAGGCGGGCGAUGUCCUGGCGGUGUUCCAAGGGCACAGCCACGCCAACGAACAUCGAGAGAUCAACGGCAUUCACUAUUGCACCAUGGUCGCGAUGAUCGAAGGUUCAGGAGCCGAGAGCAACGGCUACUCAGUCAUGCGCUUGCUGAACGAUGGGACCAUCAGCAUUGAAGGUUUUCGCAAGCAGAACGACUACUCGUGGAAAUCAUCGGCGACCGCCGAUAUUCCCUGUGUGGAGUACACCUUGGAGAACAGCGAGCGACUGGUGGACACGGCAGAAGCAUUAACGGACACGAGAGAAGAAGAGCAUCCGCCGCUGACGAUUGCGUCGAUCGAAGACGAGAUCGCCAAUGGGGUAACUCAUGGAAUCGGCCUUCUGCUGGCCAUCGGCGGGCUGUGCUCGCUGGCCGUGCUUACGGCUUACCGGGGCAAUGUUUGGCACGUUGUAGGCUGCACCAUCUACGGGGCUUCACUCGUCAUCUUGUACGCGGCAUCGACCCUUUACCAUUCAGUUCAACGUCCUGAGUUAAAGGCGAUUCUUCGCACGGUAGAUCAUGCGGCCAUUUUUCUCCUCAUCGCUGGCACUUACACGCCUUUCACAUUAGUGAAUCUACGUGGACCUUUGGGGUGGUCGCUGUUUGCCGCCGUGUGGACUUUGGCCAUCAUCGGAAUCGUGAUGAAGAUCGUCUGGGGGCACCGUUGGCAGUGGUUUUCCCUGGCAAUGUAUCUGGCGAUGGGGUGGAUUUGUCUGUUCGCCGCCAAACCACUGAUGGCUUCUAUUCCCACGGGGGCUCUGUGGCUGUUGCUGGCGGGUGGAUUGUCUUACACGGUGGGGACGAUCUUCUAUGCGUUGGACAAUAUCCGCUACUUCCACGCCGUGUGGCAUAUCUUCGUCAUGGCGGGUAGUAUCUUCCACUUCUUUGCCGUGGCCUUCUACGCCUUGGCCAAUAUGCGCAACGACGUCCUGCAAUGGACUUCGUCGAACCUGCCGGCCAAGCAGACAUUCGACUGGUUUGGCGAGCACUUCGAAGGGCAAGAGAUUAUUUUCGUCUCUUGGCCCGAGUGUACGAUCACCGAUCCCCGGCUUGACCAAUUCGCCGAGCGUUUGCGUCAAAGAAUCUCGAACUUAUCCGACGACGAUUCUCCUUCGCUUAUCGAAAGCGUAACCACAGGGGCGGAUGUGUGGCGCGAGCUGACGUCCCCUCCAUCCAACUUCUCGCCGCAGCAUACUCUGGCGAAACUGCGGGGAGUAUUAGUUGGCCCCGACGGCAAGACCAGCGGUGCGGUGGUGGUGUUGUCGAAAGAAGGAACCAUACAAGGGCAGAAGGCCAUCUCGCUGAUCACCAAGGUGGCCAGCGAAGUCGAGGGGCUCGAUCCCAACGAUAUCAAAAUGGCCGGCUAUUCUGUGCAGAUGGCCGCUGUCGAUAGAGCCAGUCUGGCCACGAUGUAUCAAAUGGCGGUGCCCGCCGGCUUCGCAGUGAUGUUUGCAGCCUGGUUCUUUCUACGGAACAUUCCGCUGACGCUAUCCGUGGGCAUCAUCGCGGGAUUCUGCCAGGCCGUGUCCUUGGCAAUGGUUUACUAUCUGGACGAACCAAUGAGCGGGAUGCUCAUCAUUAUGCCGGUGCUGAUCAUCGUGAUCUUCGUCUCCGGGGCCAUCCAUCUGAUCAACUACUUCGGCGAUGCAGUACAUGAGUCGGGCCCGGAAAAUGCGGCGACGAUUGCACUUCGCGUGGGCGGAUUUCCCUGCCUGUUGGCCGUGGUUACGAGUGCCUUGGGUAUAGCUUCGCUAUCGGUAAGCGAUAUUGAGCCGGUGCACGUGUUCGGCUGGAUGACGAGCCUGGCGUUGGUCAUCACGGUGGCGGCUUUGUUGACAUUGCUGCCGGGAGUGCUGCUGUUCGUCUCGAGCCGUUCUCCAAACGGUGCGACCAAGGUGGCACUGGCCGGUGAGUCGAAGAUGGACGCCUUCUGGACCUGGCUGGCACACUUCAUUGAGAAGUAUCAGUUUCCGACGCAGAUUGUAUGCCUUGUGUUUGCCCUGGUGUGUGCCGUGGGGCUGCGGCACGUGCAAACAUCGAUGCAGCUACGCGAUUUCUUUCUCGACUCGAGCCGCAUCGUCGGAGACUACAAGUGGAUCGAAGACCGCCUGGGGCCGAUUUUUCCCGCUGAGGUGGUUCUCCAGUUCGAUGCUGAUUCGCUGUUGAACAUGCAUGAUCGUCUGCGAUUGGUCACCCAAAUCGAAAAAGCCAUUCGCGAUGAGCAUUUGCAAGCCGUAACGGUUUCGGCCGCCACGUUCACGGCCAGUCCCGUGCUGUCGAGUCGGCUGCGUUGGGCGGUGCGACGUGCCGUGAUGGAGAAGAAGCUGGAAGAGAAUCGCCCACGGUUGGAAGACAAGAAGUUUCUCGCACAAAUCGAUGGGAGUGAGAACUGGCGAAUUUCAGUGCGGUUACCCUCGCUGUCGAAUGAGCCCUUUGGGGAGAAACUUGAACAGCUUCAACGAACGGUUGAUGCGACCAUCGAAGAGCGAGUGCCCGAGGAGGCAGGACACAUCAAGGUAAUCCACACGGGUUUACUUCCCUUGGUGGCCCAUUCGCAGGCCGAACUUUUGGAUGGCUUGAUUUGGAGCUUCCUGACCUCGGUAUUCUUAAUCGGUGGGGCACUUAUAGUUGGAUUACGCAGCAUUAGGCUGGGGGUGUUGUCGACCCUGCCAAACUUCUUUCCAAUCAUUCUUGUCUUUGGAGGAUUGGGUUGGCUGGGGCAGUCCGUCGAUAUCGGAACCAUGAUGACGGCCAGCAUUGGGCUGGGUAUUGCCGUCGAUGAUACGGUUCACUUUCUGACCUGGUUUAAGCGAUCGAUUGAUUCCGGCCAUUCGCGGCGAGAAGCGGUCUGUCAUGCUUAUCUGCGAUGUGGUAGUGCGAUCAUUCGUACAACCAUCAUCUGUGGUGCGGCGAUGGUCCUGUUCGCCUUCAGCAGCUUUGGUCCCGCGCGACAGUUUGGUAACACGAUCUGCUGGUUGCUUGGUGCCGCGCUAAUUGGCGAUCUUCUACUUUUGCCAGCCUUGCUGAUGGGCCCCGUGGGGCGGUUGGUAUUGCCGGCCACGUUGGACCGCUCGCCGGUUAGAAAAGAAGUAGAAGUGGCGGUCUAA